AUGUCCGCGACGCUGGCGGAUCCGUAUCGAGAGUAUGCUAUUGAUUAUUCUCAACAUGCUACCUGCAAGCCCGAGGAGCAUGCGGGCACGCUUGUUUACCACACACAGCAGCCGCACCUGCAACAUCACAAGCAAACCGACACUCCGUUCUCGCAGGGAGCCUCUCAUAGCACGACGGCAUUUGAGCAGCAUCAUGCAAACGCGACCGUACUGUCAGCAGCAGCUCCUCAGCCCACAGUUCAUGAACUCUCACAGAGUGUUGUCCUCGGCCCGCCACAGAUGCUCUCGCGACACCUUCCAGUGCAGUAUCCGCCCGCCAGCUUCGAAAUUCCCCCUAUCCAGCGCGACAAAAAACGUCCGCAUUCGGAGACAGAAGACGACGGGAACCCCGACCAUGGGCUCCGGCCACAGUUGUCAGUACUCUCAGCAGACGCGCCCCAUGAACCCUCGCAUUCGCCCGAGAUGCUCUUCUCUGUCCACGGCGCGUCGUCUCAGCAACAUCACAUGUCAAACCAUGGGUUUGGGCCCACAGACUCUGUGGCUCUGCCACAACACCACCACCACCAUCGACUCCCGCCCCAUGCGGCGCUGCGCGCCCCUGGGCGUCAUGGAAUGAAUGUGGAAUCGCCUCCUUUGCCUUCAGGCCCGCCAAGUGUUUUGAAAGAGAACAAGAACUUGACGUGGAAGCAAAUUGCAGAUUUCUUUCCGGGGCGGACAAGUGGCACCUUACAAGUUCGAUAUUGCACCAAACUCAAGGCCAAGGACGUGGCUUGGAGCGAUGAUAUGGUACAAAGGCUGCAACGGGCAAUCCAGGAGUAUGAGAACGAUCGGUGGCGGAUAAUUGCAGGAAAGGUCGGCAAUGGCUUCACCCCAGCGGCUUGUCGCGAGAAAGCGAUGCAGCUCCAGUGA